AUGAGCGAUGAUGCAGUGGUGGGGGGCGGAUUUGACGCAGGAAGAGAGAAGAAAGAAGGGGGUCUAAGAGCCUGUCGCUACAAACAUUACACAGAUGAUGAAGUUGCUGGGAAGAAUAGGACGAAAGCUGCCAGGAAGACAGAGCUUGUCCAAGCUGUUGUGAUCCGCGGCAGCAUCCGGAGCGUCUCCAACGACGCGGAGCUGCAAGAAUCCAUCAUCGGGGUGAGCGCCGCCCGCAUCCACCGCCAAAAGUUCCCCCUCUUCCAGGCCAGGGGGCGGCCGGGGCGGCCGGUGGGCAGCAUCCGCACCCCGCUGCGCUGCGGGGUCAAGCCAGGCCCCGGCACCUUCCUCUUCACGGGGUGGCUGGAGUUUGGCGAAGGCGGCCCUGUGGUAGAGGCUUAUAAGCAAGGUCUCAGCCCAGCCGUUGGCUUUGAGCUCAACCCCUGGCUGCUGUGUCUCUCCAACUACCGGGCCUGGAAGGCUGGGUACCACGGGAAGGUUUCCUUCCUGAAGAAAGAUCUGUGGAAGGUGAAUCUUUCUGAUUGCUACAACGUGAUCGUGUUCCUGGCCCCCAGCGUGAAGCCGCCCCUGGCCGCCAAGCUCCUUGCAGAACUCCCCGACGAAGCCCGAGUGGUGGCCGGACGCUUCCCCUUCCCCUCCUGGACCCCCACCAGCACCCUUGGGCAGGGGCUGGAGCAAGUCUGGGCCUAUGACAUGAAGGAGGUGCGGCGAGCGGCGCGGAGCAGCACAGAGGGAAGCCCAGUCUAG